AUGACGAAGGAACCCGUGGAAGUUAAGUAUGAGUAUUUGGACCACACGGCCGAUGUUCAACUCCAUGCGUGGGGUAAAACGUUAGAAGAAGCAGUUGAACAGCUGUUAGUAUCGAUGUACGGCUAUAUGACUGAGCUAUCGUCAGUCAACGUUGAAUAUUCUUUUGACAUGAAAGCAAGUGGAAUCGAUCUGAUUUCAUUAGUUGCACGAUUACUUGAUGAGGCUUUGUACUGUUUCUCAACGGAGCCUUUUUUUGUCGGACGAAUCGCGGAAGUAUUAAGUUUUGAUCGGCAGAAAUUCGAGAUAUCCGUGCGCUGUUGGGGUGAUUCAUUUGAUAUCGAACAGCAUCCGCAAGGCACGGAAAUUAAAGCGAUUACGUAUUCAAAUAUGCAAAUUAAUGAAACUUCUGAGCGAACGGAUAUCUUUGUCAUCGUCGACAUUUGA